AUGACCACUGAGUCCGAAACCUUUGAUAGCAAACCACCAUUCGUAGUAUUCUCCUUCUAUCAACCAAGCGGGAACGUACCACUGUUCUACCUCGUAUCCUGUGAUCUUGUCUCUGCUCCUGGUGAUACCUCUUCCUCUGUUGCCUCAACUGCCAAUGCCUGCACCACUGCUCUCGCAGCUGCACAGUUCUUCCACCUCCUGCAAACGCUUAAUAUCAAGAUUGGGCAGUUCAACCAUGUAUUUUUUACGCAGCUGAAUUUUGGAAGUAUUGAUGUCAAGGAUGAGUCUUUGAAACACUUUUUGGGCUGCCCGCCAGAUGAGGUUCAGGUGGGUGAAGGCGGUAAACCAGAUCGCAACCAGUUCAUUGCUUCUUUCUGCAUCAGGAUGUUCCAGAAACAUUUGCGCAUUACACAGCAAGUAGACUGA